AUGUCUGGGGAUGGAGCACAGACAAGUGAUUCGGCCAAACUAAUCGAAUACUUGCUUAGUGAUCUCCGAAGUCUAUCCACAGAAGCCAAGAAGAAGCACACUCAUGUGAAAGAUGCAGCGGAAUCCUGUCUGGUCAAGGUCAGGAACAUCUCCACCAACUCACAACCUCAUUCCCUCCUCCAGAAUAUGAGAUCUGGAUGUAAUGAAAUCCUUCAUCCAAUGAUUCUUGGAUGUAGCACCAGAGUGCCCAAACUUGUCCAGAUAUCGCUUCAAGGGAUUCAACAUAUGUUACAGUACAGAGUUGUCUCUCCGGUAAGGGUGGUAUUAUUUAUUUGAUCGUUUCUCUUUAGAAUUCAGCUUCAACCAUUGUAAACGAGCUAUGGAAUCUGGCAGAGAAUGAAUGCGAAGAGUUGAGAGUACUGCAGACGGUAACCUCAUUUGUGAAUUCUGAACUUUUGGUUACGGAUGGUGCCUUGGCCAGAUGUAUUGUCCUCUCCAUCAAGCUCAACUUUUCCAAAGAUCCCUCAGUUAUAAACGCGGCCAAUGCUGCAGUCAGACAAUUGUUUAGUUGUGUAUUCGAAAGAGUGAUCCAAGAAGAUGGCAUGAAAGGUGCCGAGAUGACCAUAGUCUCCGAGAUCGUCCGGGAACAUUCCAGCCAAGCCCCACCUACGCUUAGACCAUGUGCUGCUGACGGAUACAUGUUACUUAGGGUGAGAAUGAAUGAUUGUCGCUUAUUUUUUCUAGGAUUUAUGUGCAUUGGUCAAAAGGGAACAACCGGUAUGGCUUGAAGGCGUUCAGAGGAUCACUCUUACGCUAUCAUUGGAGCUUUUGGAGGCGAUUCUAAAAAAUUACCCUUCCAUUUUCUUUAAACACGCAGAAUAUGCGGAUCUCCUCAAGAAUUCUAUAUGCCCCCAACUAGUCAAAUUGUUCGCUCAAGACAAAGACGUCAAAGUAAGUGAGAUUAUGUGUGGAUUUAUGCCUUGUUUCGAAGAGAUUGUGCAUAAAAGUUUAGGUGGUUUCUCAGCUUUCUUCGCGUGAUGCACAGUACGCGGCGGCCCAAUUGAAUCGACGGUCGGUAUCGUCGCUUUCCUCAGCUUCCAUUCAGUCAAAUUCAAGUCAACGUCCUUAUUUUUCGGUGAUUAUGAGAGCUCUGCGGAUAACUUAUAUCCUCAUCUCCUUUUAUCACAAGGUUUUGGUAAGUUAAACAUGCAUUUGGUUGAUAAUAUGUUGUAGGCUCUUCAAUGUGAAAUCCUAAUUUCUUUCCUCCUGGAGCUUUUGUCUCAAGAGCAUUCCGUUUGGCAAUCCGCAGUUUCCCUAGAAGUUCUCCAUCGAUUAACAGUCCAGCCCGAACUCAUGGGAUGGCUCUGCGAAAAUUUUGAUAUGAAAUCAGAUUCGACUCCAUUGGUGGCUAAUAUCCUCGCAAAACUUAAAGGAUUUAUUCUAAAGACUUUGGAGGCAGCUUCCAUCGAUGAAACUCUCAAAGAAAAAGAGAAUCAAUCAUUAAAUACGUUUGGACAGACCGGAUUCGUCUUCAAUGGAGCUUUCAUCCCACUUAAUGAGAACUUGUCAGCAAAAAGAUGGAUGAUGUAAAUAAUAAAAAUUUUUGUUUUAUAUUUUUAGAUUGGAAUGGUUGGAUAAACAUGACCCGGCUAGUGUUCCUGAAGGCUACAACCUUUCCGUUGCCUACUUCAGUUUGGUCGAUCUUACGCAUAGUAUCUACGCCGUUGUAGAAGAGGAUAAUUCACCCUCGUAUUCACUUCAAAAUAAGCCGACCGAAUCACAAAGGAAGUCAGAAGUGGCUUCACAAUUGUAUCUAUCAUCAUAUAAGAAGUUGAUCGAAGGAUUAACCUUACUGUUGGAAUGUAGUAUCGAUGAUUCAAUAACUGAAGCCGUUCUGAAUUGCCUAUCAACCAUUAUGGUAAUGGGAUGUAAAGUUGGGAACAGCGAGGCCAGAGAUGCUACUGUAAGGGCUAUCUGCAAAGCUUCAUUACCUCAUGGAUACUUUGGAAACUAUGUUGAACCAUGCAGUCCAGCGAAUAUUGAAAAGCACCGGGAAGGAGAGAACAAUAAUAUUAAUCAACAUGGAAAGAGUAAGAAGUUUGAUUCAGUGUCAUUGAUUGUUUUAGAUAAGAAUUUAGAAGAAUCAGCUGUUAUUGGAGAGCCAAGUCAAGUGGUAGUAAUGAGCACAGUAUGCCCAGUUCCUUCACUGACGUCUGCCCAAGCCAAUUUAAAUGUAAUGUUAACCGCGAAGAACCUUCAAGUAGGGAGAUUGUUGAUAAAUGCGGUUCAAAGUUGUGGGGAUCGGUUGUUGGACUCGUGGGAAGUUGUUCUGGCUACUCUGCAACACUUCUUCUGGAUAUUAGGGAUCAAACCCACACCAAAUGGAGCCUUCAAAGUCGAUACAUCGGCUGAAGGAAUAUCUGCCACAAAUGGAGGCGCAAUCGUUACAACGGCCGUGUCAUCCGAAUUACCGGAGCUAAACUCGUUGCUGAACAAAUUGUUCGAGUCCACUUCGGGAUACGACGAGACAUCACUUCAUUAUGUUAUUGCUGGCUUAUCCAAGUUAUCAAACGAUUCAAUGAUUGUGGGGAGUCAGAAUCCAUCCAAAGAACCGUCUCUUUUUCCGCUGGCAAGGUUGCUUCAAACAGCCGAGAAUAAUCUGAAAAGGUUUACCAUCUUCUGGCGGCCAAUAACAUCUCAUCUUUUGGAGGUAAGAAAUUUUAAUUAUAGUCAAACACGGAGUUUAGAUUUGUGUCCAUCCGAAUGCGAUCUUGAGAGACUGGGGAUCCGUUUGUCUAACUUCGUUAAUUAAGAAUGCUCUGAAUUCUUUGGGAGAUGGAAAGGACGAGGAAGAACAGCAUGUUGUGGUAAGCCUUUGAGUAAGAUGUUGAAUCCUUCAUUUUUAGAAGCAAGAACAAUUGAUAAUGAACCCUCUGGCCAUGAUGAGUGACUCAGAAUACGUAGACGUCCGAUCCAAGCAGCUGGACUGUCUACUUAAUGUAUUACAGUCAGACAGACAUCAUUUACAUCCCCAAUUAUGGCCUACUGUUAUCGAAAUUGUGACUACGGUGGUAGAUCAGAGAACGAUUGCAAAUGCCGAGCUGGUUGAUCAGGGUUUUGGAAUUGUGAAAUUGAUGAUCAAGGAGUUUCUGAGUGGGUUGCCUCUCGAAUGUGUGCAGUUGGUGGUGGAGACGGACUCCAAGUAUGGGCAUCAACAGCUCAACAUGAAUAUAUCAUUGGCGGCUGUCGGAUUGCUGGUAAGACGACUGUAAUCAUGUUAUUUUUUGUUUAGUGGGAUAUCUCCGAUUUUGUCAGCGGCAUUGGGCACACUGAAGGCAGCGAUAAUGUGGAAAAAAUGUGGCUGGUCAUCUACAACUGUCUAAGUGAGCUGUGCGUGGAUGCCAGACCUCCAGUCAGGAAGUCAGCUUGCGAUACCCUCCUUCAAACAGUCGCUGCUCAUGGCCACACUUUGAAGGCGAACACUUGGUCCCAUAUGGUGUGGAAGGUGAGAGGCGGUAUAGUUGACGUUUAUACAUUUGUAGAUUUUAUUCCCGAUGUUGGACAAGGUCCGUGUGGAGACAAAGAAUGCAUCCACUAAGAGAUCGGACUCCUCAGCUCUUGGUGCACCCAAUAUGAUCCUUCAUCAUUCCAGAGAUACCGAAUCCAAACAGUGGGCGGAGACUACAGUAAGAACCCUUGGUGGGGUUGUUAAAAUAUUCAACGCCCAGAGGAAUACAUUGCUUGAAUUAGGUCUGUUUUAAAGUCUAUUUCUAUGUUACUUUAGAUACAUUCGAGAACUCCUGGAAGACUUUGUUGACGUUUAUCGAAUAUGUGGCCGGGACGGAUAACAGCGAGAUGUCUCUGGCUGCUUUGAAGAAUUUCCAAGAAUUGCUAUUUGGCCGGGCUCAAAGUGGCGCCAAUCCUAAGAAAAAGAAGAAUGGGUAAGAUUGAGAAGGGGUUUUUAUUGUUCUUUUAGAUCUGUCGGCGAGGAACAAGCGUUGCCGUUACCCGAGAAGUUGUGGAUGAUCUCGUGGAGGGCCUUCACCAAUAUUUCCAAAGCAAUUACAUCUCCGACCAUCCCCGAGGCGUCCCUUUCGACGGUUGAUGUGAUGACAUCUGCUUCGGAAUAUCCAAAGCAUUUCAUUCCGGGAACGUUCCACUUUACCACCUUGUUAUCUGCAUUCCAGCCGUUGUUCUAUCGAGUUUGCAAAAGAUUAGAGCCGAAUGAUGUUGGCAAAGAUGGAAUUUUGGCCAUUUUCAAGGUUUGUGGAACAGUGUUUUGAUAAAUUUUUCGGUUUUUUUUGUGGAUAAAGAUGUGAGUCGUAUGAGUUUAUUCGAAAGCUUUCUUUGGUUUUAUGAACUUUAAUGUGUCCGUUCUUAUCAAGCCCUGGCCAAGUCGGAGGAGCCAUUUAUCGGCGGAAACAUUUAUCGGCUUUUUGAUGGCAUGAACUUCAAAAAAGACGGCAAAUUUCUCCGCCAAACGUUGUAAUUUCCAGGAGAAGUCAAGAACAGUUUUCGUCUGAAUUUUAAAAAGAAAUAUCAAUUCAUAAAGCAAAAGAAUUUUUCGAGUGACUUGACAGAUCUGACAGAUAUCCGAAAGAAUUUUUUGGUAUAUUUCUGAACAUCGUUUCGUUGAGAUAUAACUUUUCAUUCGUUUAGCGAAUAGUGAGCACCCCAAUGUCCCCAGACCAAGGCCCUUUUAUGAUGACCACGCAGAACUCUGAAAUCAACCCAUCGCAAGAAUGUAUUUUGGAUUGUGUCUAUGUCAUUUUUCAGGUAAAUUAUUAUUAUUUUGGUGCACCAUCAGCUGAUGUGUAGCAUUUUUUUUUGCUUUGUAGGAGCAAACUGAACCCAACUCGAAACUGCGCCCCGCCAUUCCUGAUCUUCUAAAGAUGCUACUCGAAUUUGUUGGAUUCUCAAUUCGGCCACCAGUUUCUGGGUUUGUUCAAAAGGAUAAGCAAGUCAAUUGGGCCCAACAAAACUUGAUUUCCUUCGCUGAGUUGUCCCUGAGAACUUCCGUCGCCUACUUCUCUAAAGUUUACAACUUCCCUGAGGUACUGCAACAGCUGGUGUUUGUGGACUUUAUUCAUGUAAGUUUGGGUGAAAACCUAUUAUAGAUAUUUUUUGUGUCUUUAUCUGAGGACUUUUGUUAUAGGCCAUCCGAGAACCCUUAUCCCAAAAAUAUCAGUGCCCCAGCCAGACGACCUGGAAGAUCGCGGCCAAUUUCUUAAUCCAAGUCUGCGGAAUUGGUCUUCCUAUGGCUCGAGAUAAUGGUAGGGUUCUUUUGUCUUACUGUUAUAUAACCACUUUUUUAGCUCUUAAAUUCUCUACGCUUUGGCCUGUUUUGGCUGAUACCAUCGAAGGUUUUCUCUUUACAAAAACAAAAUCAGAGACCCCGUUGAGUGCUGAUGAGAGAAAACGUCACGAAUACAUUGAUUGUCAAGUCAUUGAACUGAUUCGAGUAGAAAUCUUACCGUAUGCCUCUCAAUUGCCCCGCGAGUUUAUGCAACGAGUCAUCGAAAUCUUGAAUCGGGGCUCGAUUAACACGAUGGAUCCCAAUGACGUUUUGGGUAAGUCUGAGCGUGUGCAUUCACCCCUUCGUUGAGGACAUACUGCUUGAAUAUUAGGUAGCACCAGGCUUUACUAAUUCGUCCCCUUCGCUUUAGCAUUUUAGUGUGACAUACUUUCGGUUCAGGGAUAAUAUUUCCGAGACUAUGAUUUAGCUUCAGACUCCUUCCAACAACGAGCAGAUCUCUCCCGCGUUUGUUUCGACGCCUUGUUAUCGAUGAGUAAAGGCGGUGAGGAUGAAAAUGGGAAGAAAAACUCGGUUCUGAACUCGCUGGGGUCGGCCGCAAUCUCAUCGUUGCUAAAUCGAUGUAAACAAGUAAGUCUGGAUGUAACAGAUUGAUAAAUGUUUAAUUUUAGUGGUCUUAAAAUUUUGUUUUAGGUCCUAAACAACUAUGCUCGUGAUGAACAAGGUGCGGGCCAUUUCCGUCUUCCCCAGGAGAGAAUAUUCGAAAUGAUUUCUGUUCUGAGAGCUAUCUCGACUCUGAUCGAUGGCCUCACCAAACAUCCCGAGGCGGUGCAUUCCUCCCUAUAUCAACACCUUGUCAGUCUUCAUCCCAAUCUUGUGCAACUGAUCCCCUCUUGUCGUAGCGAUCAACAGAUCGAACUGGCCUUAAUGACCGCCCUCAACUCGUAUCAGACCCUCCUUCUUAUCAAUAUCCACAACAGAAACCUGUAA